AUGGCCGUCACAGCGGCGUCUGUUCUGGUCCUUGUGCUGCUGUCCUACUCCGGCCCUCUGUGUCCCAGGCUGGUCCGCGCGUCGCCGUCGCCAUUGCCGCCGGAGCCCGUCGCGCUCACCCUCCUCGCUUGCGCCACGGAGAAGGGAGCAGUGUGCUUGGAUGGAACGCCGCCGGGCUACCACCUGCAGAGAGGCUCCGGGUCAGGAUCUAGAAGUUGGCUCAUUCACCUAGAGGGAGGAGGCUGGUGCAACACAGUCGAGAGUUGUUCCGACCGCAGAAUGUCCAUGUUGGGUUCAUCGAACUUCAUGAAACCGAUAGAGUUCGCCGGUAAUGGGAUCCUAGACAGUGACCCGCAACUGAAUCCCGAUUUCUACAACUGGAACAGAGUUCGUGUACGGUACUGCGAUGGGGCGUCCUUUUCGGGGGACGCGGAAGCUCGAGCGCAGGAUGGAAGCAUACUUCACUUCAGAGGAUUGCGCAUCUAUGAAGCAGUAAUUGAUGAACUCAUGGAAAAAGGACUUUCCAGUGCUACACAGGCCCUCCUCGUGGGUUGUUCUGCCGGUGGUCUAGCCACAUUGCUGCAUUGCGAUGAUUUUAGUGCAAGAUUUUCUCAGGAGGCUUCAGUUAAAUGCCUUGCUGAUGCCGGGUUUUUUCUUGACGCAAGGGAUAUAUCUGGAGAAAGGUCCUUUCGCUCUGCCUUUGAUGGACUUGUUCAACUCCAGAAUGUUAGAAAAGUGUUGCCCAAGAACUGCCUUGCCAACAAGGACCCAUCCGAGUGUUUCUUCCCAGCUGAGCUUACUAAGAGUAUCCACACACCCGUGUUUAUUCUCAACUCUGCGUAUGAUUCAUCUCAGAUACGAUACAUUCUUGCACCAGACUCAUCUGAUCCUGAUAAGUUGUGGUUGAGUUGCAAGGAUAACAUCAAAAAUUGCAAUUCCAUACAAACUCAAGUGCUUCAUGGAUUUAGGAAUGCAAUGGUCAAUGACAUGAAGGUCGCUCAGGUGAAGGAGGAUUGGGGCAUGUUUAUCGAUUCAUGCUUCACUCACUGCCAAGCACACUAUGGCAUCUCUUGGAAUUCACCAAUCUCCCCAAGGCUUGGAAAUAAGACCAUUGCAGAGGCGGUUGGAGAUUGGUACACUGGAAGAAGGCAAGGAGUUAAAUAUAAUGACUGCAAGUACCCGUGCAACCCAACUUGCAGCACUCUGUUGCCUACACCUCCAUGA